AUGAUGAAUUCUACCUUACAGAAACACAACCUUGUUAGCCUUCUGGAACAAUGUUCAAGCAUGAGAGAGAUGAAGCAAAUCCACGCCUACGCCAUCACCACCUCCCUCGCUCGCUUCACCUUCAUCUCAAGCAAACUCUUGGCUUUCUGCGCUCUCUCUCCCCACGCCGAUCUCCGCCACGCCCAUACCCUCUUCUCUCGCAUCCCUUUCCCAACUCUCUUCCACUACAACACCAUCAUCGCCGCCUUCUCCCGCCGCUCCUCCUCCCUCUUCCUCCGAAUGCUAAACGACACCGUUCGCCCCAACGCCCGCACCUUCACCCUCCUCCUCUCCAAAGCCUCCCCUUCUCUCUCCUUCAUCCAACAGCUCCACUCCCUCAUCCUCCGACUCGGCCACCUCGCCGAUCCCUACGUCGCCACCUCCCUCGUCGCCGCCUACUCCAACCACGCCUGCACACGAGCCGCGCGCCGCGUGUUCGACGAAAAUCCUAACCAAAACGUCGCGUGCUGCACAAGCCUCCUCACCGGCUACUGCAACAACGGCUUGGUAAACGAAGCCAGGAAGGCGUUCGACGCAAUCCCCGACAAAAACGACGUGUCGUACAGCGCAAUGGUCUCCGGCUACGUCAGAAACGGGUUCUUCCGCGAGGCCAUUCAGCUUUUUCGUGACCUCAAGAAAAACUGUUUUGCAACCGUGAAGCCCAAUAACUCUCUUCUGGCGAGUGUUCUCGGCGCGUGUGCUGCCACCGGCGCGUUUGAAGAAGGGAAGUGGAUUCACUCUUAUGUACACCGAAACGGAGAGUUAGAAUAUCACGAAGUUGAGCUCGGAACGGCGUUGAUCGAUUUCUACGCAAAGUGCGGGUGCGUGGAACCUGCUGAGCGGGUGUUCGGUAAGAUGAAAACAAAAGACGUUGCGGCGUGGAGCGCCAUGAUACUGGGCCUGGCUAUCAACGGGAAGAAUCGUUGGGCCCUUGAGCUGUUUGCGGAGAUGGAGAAGGUGGGCCCGAGGCCCAACGGUGUUACCUUCAUCGGCGUUCUGACAGCGUGCAAUGACAAAGAGCUGUUUGGCAGAGCAGUUACAUUGUUCCAAUACAUGAGGGAGAAACAUGGGAUUGCGGCCUGGAUUGAGCACUAUGGCUGCGUGGUUGAUGUGUUGGCUCGAGCCGGGAAGAUCGAGGAGGCGGUGGCGUUCAUGAGUGGCAUGGAAAUGGAAGCUGACGGAGCCUUAUGGGGGUGUUUGGUGAAUGGGUGCUUGAUGCAUGGCUACGUUGAGUUGGGUCACAGAAUUGGGAGAUAUUUGGUGGAGUUUGAAUGUGAGCACAGUGGAAGGUACGUUGUUCUGGCGAAGUUCUACGCCGGAAUGGGACGGUGGGAGGCUGUUAUAGACACCAGGAAUCUGAUGAAACACAGAGCUGUGCCGCCGCUCACUGCUUCCAGUUUCAUAGAGAUUCAUGGCUCUGCUUCCUCUUCCGAACAACUCUAUAUCCACUGUUGA